AUCUAAUCAUCCCGUUAUCGUCAUUCGAAUGAUCUAAACUCGCAAGCAGAACCGAUCAUAAGAAUUAUGAAUUAGAAUACGACUAUAUUUUUACUAUAUAUUUGUAUCUAAACCUAUAAGCGAAUAAACAAGAACCCACCGAAAGGCAACAGCGCUGGAGGCUCCGCCCACCGGAUGCGCGAGGACCAAUCAGCGCGCGGAUCAGCGGCGUUGCCCCGUCAUACGCGUAGGAGAGUCGGUAAGCCCGCCCAGAUUUUCUAUUGUUCGCCCGCCAAGGCACUUAACAUCCUUUUAUUCAAUGACAAACUCGCCCUUACAGCGGGGAGAAUCGCUUAAGGUGAUUUGGUAUUCAUCGGCGAGCUGUUAAGCUGUGGCCGUAUUGUAAAACUCACUGUCUCGCAAUCGACCAUAUUUGUCUUGGACGCUUGUUGGUGCAGAGCCUCGAAAGAGUCUCGCCGGGGCCCUCGUCACACCUGUAUUACGGGGACAAAAUCCGCGCUUCUCCUCUGCCCUUCGCCGACACCUAUGUCAGCUCUGGUGGCGAUUACGCGCCCGGUGCACACGCGUCCUUUGCCAUUAUCCACAAAAGGGUUCGAUCCUAAUGGCUGCGCGCGGAAGGGAAGUCGCCGUAACAAUCGCACCGCAAGUGAUUUAAAGGCAGCCCCGUGAGAGGAUUGGUGGCCUGCUCCAGCGCCUCUGCCGGACCUGCAUGUGUUCGCGUACGCCAUCUGGUGAGAGCCGCGGGAACUACUGGGACCCGCCAAAGCUACAGUGCCUUCCAAAAUCUAUAGUGUGCCCCCCCCAACCCCGAACGAAAUACAGUGUCUGUCAGAAUCCUCAAUGACAUUUAUAGCUAUAGUGACCAUCGCAUGACUUGUGUCAAGGGGAGAGAAGGAAGGAAAAAAAAAACGAAAACAAAAACUAAAUAAACCAGUUGCCAUAUCCCGCGUGCGCACCAGAAGGAAGUCUUCAUCAGGAGAAACCAAUAAAGACUCAUUGAGUGCAACCCAUACAGUGCGCUUGCAUUGCACCAUUGCACAAUACCUCCAUUAAGCUCGCCACCAUCGGUCGCUCUUGAAAACGCGGCUUUGCAAUAUGACUAGCUACAGCUACUCAACACAGCAAGACCAGUGGAAGGAAAAUAAUAACAAUAACAACAACAACAACAACAGCAUUGGAAGUAUGGCUACUUUCUGUCAGUCUUCUGGCUCGGUCCCGGCCACUCUCCGCGACUUGUACACGCGAAGUGGCCUGUCUUCCAGUUCCCCUUCGGCGGCGUCUCCUGCCUCGCCCCUUGACCCGACCAGGUACUCCCUGCCGUCGCUGCGUCAGUACGAGUUAGCACAGCAAAUGGUCACGCAGCAGGGGGCCGUCAACAAGCUGCUAGGAUCCCUCAGACCCCCCGGCAUGAUCGGGGGCUCGAAGCCGAAGGUGGCGACGCCGCAGGUGGUGAACAAGAUCGAGCAGUACAAGCGCGAGAACCCGACCAUCUUCGCGUGGGAGAUCCGCGAGAAGCUGAUCUCGGAGAGCGUCUGCACCAACUCCACCGCCCCGUCCGUCUCCUCCAUCAACAGAAUCCUCAGGAACCGCGCGGCCGAGCGAGCGGCGGCGGAGUUCGCGCGCGCGGCUGGCUACGGCCUGUACAACCCCUACGCCUUCCCCUGGGCCAACCCCGCGCUGCUGUCGCCCCUGGCCGCCGCCCUCCCGCUGCACGCCGCCGCCGAGAACGCCAUCGGGGUGAAGGACAGCGCAGGCGCGCACUCCGAUGGGGAAGGCGGCGGCUCUCACAAGGACUCCCCCACGCAGCUGUCGCCCUCGGACCUACACAGCUCCUCCUCCUCCCAGGGCACCAGCGAAGUCCGAUUCCGCAGAAACAGGACGACCUUCACCGCCGAUCAGCUGGACGAACUCGAGAAGGAGUUUGAGAAGACGCAUUACCCCGAUCUGCCGACGAGGGAGCGACUGGCUGAGAAGACGUUGCUGUCGGAGGCGAGAGUCCAGGUGUGGUUUUCCAACAGACGGGCCAAGUGGAGGCGCCACCAGCAGCUAAGCGUCCUCCGCCCCUACUCCUCCUCCGACGACCCUCUCCCCCACUCCCCGAGGACGACCUCGCCCUACUCCGAGGGCGCGUCGAGCCCCGACAUGCGCCGCUCCCCGACCCCCCCGUCCCCCUGCCCCGCGUCAGCCCCCCUGGCGGCGCCCCCGUCGUCGUCCGGCAGCCGGCCGAGCCCCGCGGCCUGCGCCUCGCCCACCAGCCCCUCCAGCGCCUGCUCCACCACCACCACCUCGGCCCCGGCAGGCGCUUCCACCCCUGGCGGCCCGUCGGCGCUGGGGCGGCGCUCCCCGCGGCCGGCCUCGACCUCUCCACCUCCCCCCCCGCCGCUGGGGGCGCACCCUCGCCUGCUCUCACCCCUUCCCCAACCUCAGCCUUCACCCGCAUCGACCGCCGCCCUCAAUCUGUCCAUGCCGCACCCGCUGCCCCACGCCCAUCUGCGCCACAGCCCGCCCAUCUCGACUUCAGCCCACCUCGGGCGCCUGAGCAGCCGCCCGCCGCCGCCGCCCUUGCUGCCCGCCAGCCUGCUCUCGCUGCCCCAGUACCCCGGCUUCUCACUCGGGCGUGACCUCACCCUCACGCCCAUCAACCUCUCCAGCGCCCACGCCCGUGAGAUCAUGGCCGCCCAGGCUCGCUGCCUGCUCAAGUCGGCCGCCCACAGCGCCCACUACAAGGGCGUCGAGGAGGAGGACAGCGACAUCGAGAUCGACCUCGACGCGAAGGAGGACAGGGAGAAGGAGGAGGAGGAGGAGGAGGAGGUGGUCGAGGCGCAGGACCUGAGCGUCAAGAGGAAGAGGACGGAGAGCGAGGACAAGGAGGAGGCCAAAGCGGAGGAGAAGAGCGCCGAGCAGACGAAGGAGGAGGAGGAGGAGGAGGAGGAGGAAGCCAAGCAGGAGAAAAUGGAAGAUGCCUGAGCGCAGGUCGGGACUCGUGUGCGGAUGAGUUCAAUCUCUCGUUUAAGGUAAUUUAUUGAUUAAUUGAUACCAUCAACGAAGCUCAUUGCUGACUAUUUGACAAAGGAACACCCAGUGACUCGUUUAUCGGUACCGACUACCGAACAAAGACGACAGUUGAAGCAUUUUUUUAAAACUCUCGAAGCUUCGUGAAGCAAGAAUCACUCAUGGUUUCGAAGCCUCAGUCAACGCGUGUCCUUUUCUCUCACUCGUAAAAGAAUGGAAACUUGGUAAAAAAAUCAAUAUUACUCAGUACACUUUUAUAAGGAGAUUCAACGACAUCAACGACUGUCACAAACCUAAGAAAUACUUAAUAUAAAAAAAAAAAGAUUAAACAAAAAACUCAACUUAUGUAAAUAUAGGUUUAAGACUGAUAUAGUGCUGGUCGGGUUUUUUUUUUUACUAUCAAUUGUUAAAAUCAUGAAAUCCAUGACUAAAAGUGCACAAACAAUUGAGCUUAAGUACUUAUGAAUGAACGAUAGAUGUAAAGUUAUCAUGCACAAGUUACUGAUAAUUAUAUGUAUAAAAUCGUUCUGUGUACAGUAGAUAUGGGUGCUUUUGACUCUCUUAGGAGCUGAAGGAAAAGAUUCUCCUUUUUAUUUCAUUUCUGUGAAUAACUAAAC